AUGGCAGCUGCUCCAUCGCUCGCGUUCUCGCACAUUCUCCUAUUUAACUCGCGCUCUUCCGCGGCGGCUAUCGUUCCUACCCUCGCCCCCCAUUAUCCCUCGCAGUGCUUCCUCUCCUUCCCACUGGCCGCGCCUCUCUCGUAUUUACUCCCCGCUCGCUCCCUUCCUGCUACUCGUUCUAGACUACGCUUCGGAAUCUCCGAUUUUCCCGCCGACCCCCUUCGUGUAAGCUGCUUCCGCGUCCGCGGCGGCAGCGGCUCCACGCCAUUCCGACGUGGCAUUCACUUGACCCCACAAGGCGUUUCAUUGGCUCCGGUCGGCGUGCCGGCCGCGCAUUUAGGUCUCCGCGUAUCGCGCAGCGCUCGAAUAGACUGGCGACGUGGGAGAGGCAGGCGAGUGUGGAGAGGCCGCGCAAACGCAGCAGACUGUAGCGGGGAAAAUGGCGAGGGGGACACUAGUGAUGGGAGGAAUUCCGACCCUGGGGGAAAUCCCCCCCCAGAGGCAUUUCCAAAGGCCGCAGAUACUGCAGUAGCAACCGAAGCAAGAGCGGAAGUUCCGACGCCUGGCGGAGGUGGCGGAAGUGGCGGAGAUGGGGGGAAGUGGACGGAGGUUGCGGGUGUGGAUGCGCGGGGGAAGGCGGAGCAGGCGGAAGGGCACGAGGGGAGCGAGUCGGAGUGGGUAGCAGACGAGGAGGCGGAAGAUGCGGAGGGGGGCGAAGGCUCAGAGGAGGAAAGCGAAGGGGAGUGGGAUGGGGAGGAGGGGGAGGAUGGUGAGGAGAGGGAUGGGGAUGCGGGCAAGGAGGCGAUUCGGCGGGAGAGAAUCAGCGAGGCGAACAGAGGGCGCGUGCCGUGGAACAAGGGCAGGCGGUGGAGCGAUGAGGUGCGCGCGCGGAUAAGGGAGCGCACCAAGGUGGCCAUGAGCGACCCCAGCAUCCGCGCGCGCCUCAAGGAGCGCGGCCACCGCCAGAGUGUGGAAACGCGCGCGCUGAUAGCAGCAAAGCUGCGCGCCAACUGGCAGCAGCGCCACGAGCACAUGGCGCUGGUAGCCGCGCUGCGCCGCGAGUGGCACGCUGAGCUGGCGCGCGCUGCAGCAGCCGGCGGCGUGGGCGAGCGGGCGCUGGUGCGAUGCCGCAACGGGCGAGUGCUCGGUGAUGCUGCUGCUGCUGCUGCUGCUGACGCGCAUGAUUCCAGCGACGCAGCAAAGGCAGCAAAAGCGGCGGCGGCGGCAGAGGUGGUGGUGAUUCCAAACCCAGACGAGGCGUUUGUUGAGCUGGUGAUGGCUGCCGAGGCGCAGAGCGGCUCACCUCUCACCCUUGUCAUCUCGUCCCCCUCUCCGGUACCUACCACUGCACCUCCCACUUUCCCCACCCUGCACCCACCGCUACUGUGCUUCCCUCUCCCUCCCCACCCCAUACCUCUCAUCACUCCUUUCCUCCUCCCCGUUCCCCUCCCCCCCAGUGUGUUGAUGGCGGAGGCGGAGCAGGCAGCGCAGGCGCUGGCAGCGGUGGCGGGAAGGGACAACCGUGCCAUGGCCUCUCUGCUCGAGACACGGCGCUUGCUGGACGAGGCCAGGCGCGCAGUCAGGGAGGCUGAGGGGCCGCAGGGUAGUGAUGAGGGGGAGGCGAGGCAGGCAGGGCUGGGUGAGCGGCUAGCUGUGAGAGAGGAAAGCAGCACACUUGGGCUGGGGAGAUGCUGGAGUGCAAGUAAGGAGCAAAAGAUAUUGAGAAAUUGGAAACAGCACGUGAUUCAAGAUGGAUUGGGGUUAUGA